AUGACAGAAAGCAUCCAUGAUGAUUGUGGAAAAAACAACAUAGUUUCAUUCAUGGAGAAACGAAAGGAGGAUCAUAACAUUCCCAACAUUCUGCAACUUCCAAACAACAUAUUAGCGGAGAUCUUCCAGAAAAUUCCAAUUAAAACCCUCGUCCAAAGCAGGUUCGUGUGCAAGUUUUGGCAUCGUUUGCUAUCAGACCCCCAAUUCAACGAACAACUGUUUUGGCGAACGACUUGUCUUCUUUUACGACCAUCACGCUUUAAGGUCCACCUGGUCACCCUCAAAAACGACUCCUCGAGCCCAUAUGACGUCGCACUAAAGCUUUCGGAAGAUCCAAUUGUACGACGUACUGAUCGGUUGCAUAUCGUGGGUUCGUGCAACGGCUUACUCUGCCUCUACAAACUCCACUCUUGGAAACCGCCAUGUGGCCGUCUAUACAUAUCCAAUCCCAUCACGGGUGAGUCUUUGUCUCUUCCAACACCGCCAGAUGAGUGCAUAAUUAGUUAUCCAUGUGGAUUUGGGUUUAGUCCCAUGAGUGGUGCAUAUAAGCUUGUUCGGCUCAGGCCUCAAAAUAAAUCGCGUGAUGAACCGCAGUGCUGGGAGGUAUUGGUUUUGACUAUUGGCUCUGGGACUUGGAGAAGCAUUGGGAAUUUUACGUACUGUUUGGACUACGUGCUAUAUGGGGUUUGUGUUAGUGGGUUUCUUCAUUGGAUUGAUUGGUCAAGGGCUGUGAUAUGUGCCUUUGAUCUUGAAAGAGAGGUUUUCCAUGAGUUGCCCCUACCCCCUAGUUGGGAUUUGGAAGGAAAGAAAAAUAUAUCAAGAUUGGACUUUAGCGUCUUGCAGGGUUGCCUCUCUGUAACUGUAACUGUAACUGUAGGCUCCGAGAAAAAAAUGAGUAGUUGGGUGAUGAAGGAGCAUGGGGUUAAGGAGUCUUGGAGCCUAGAGCUUACAAUUGUAGACGUCGUGGUUGGAUCUCCUCCACAUUGGGUGAAGUUUAAGGAUGGGCUCUCGGCGAAGUUUGGGGAUGUGCCAGUCUUGUUGAAGUUUAGGGAUGGGCAAGUCUUGUUGCAUAUUGGUUGGAAAUUGCUGGCUUAUGCUUCUGGGAAGGGUUUUGCCGGCGUUGAGUUUGAUGGGAUACCAAUCGUGUCUGAAGCACAUGUCCAUAAUCCAAGCUUUGUUUCGCCUAAAUAUAUUAUCAGGGGUUAG